ACUCACAUUCAUAUUGUAUUUUAUUUUAUUUUUUUAACUUUUCACUUCAUAAUAAAAAAAUUUCAUAUUUUUCAUUCUUCUGCACAUAAAUAAAUAUCUGUCUUUCUCAAAACCGGUGAAAAAUGGCGCCGGCGAUUGUAUUGAACCAACACGGAGACAUGCUUGAGUUUGAAGGCAGGAUCACCAUUUAUGUCGUUGUGUGCGUGAUCAUUGCAGCCUUUGGAGGCUUAAUGUUUGGCUAUGACAUCGGCAUUUCAGGCUCGAACUUUGAGUCCUUAUUUGCUUAUACAAUUUAAUCAUUUUUGGUGGGUGAUACAAUGGGAAUUUACAUUUCUUUUUAUGGCAGGAGAAGUUACAUCCAUGGAUGAUUUCCUCAAGGAAUUCUUUCCGAUUGUGUACAGAAGGAAACAACAUGCGCACGAGAACAAUUACUGCAAAUAUGACGAUCAAUCCCUUCAGCUGUUUACCUCUUCCUUGUAUAUUGCUGCUCUCAUAGCCAGCUUCGUGGCUUCAAGAGCAUGCACAAGGUUCGGCCGCAAGCCCACCAUUCAGAUUGCCUCCAUUUUCUUCAUUUUAGGAGUUAUCUUAACCGCAUGCGCUGUGAAUCUCGUCAUGUUGAUUUUUGGGAGAAUUUUUCUUGGCUUUGGAGUUGGUUUCGCUAACCAAGCGGUACCACUUUUCCUCUCGGAGUUAGCUCCGGCUAAGAUCAGAGGAGCUCUUAACAUCAUGUUCCAGCUCUUUAUUACGAUUGGAAUCUUCAUAGCCAACAUGGUGAACUACUUCACAGCAAACCUGCAUCCCUACGGAUGGAGAAUCUCCCUUGGCAUUGCUGGCUGGCCAGCUGCCCUGUUGUUAUUUGGAUCCUUGAUAAUCUGUGAGACCCCAACCAGCCUUAUUGAGCGCCAGAAAGUCGAGGAAGGAAGGAAAAUUCUCAAGAAGAUCCGUGGAGUCGAUAACAUUGACAACGAAUUCGACUCCAUUGUGUACGCUAGUGAGAUGGCUAGGCAGGUAAAGAACCCAUUCCGUAAACUGAUGAAGAAAUCAAGCCGACCCCAACUAGUCAUUGCCAUCUGGUUGCAAGUGUUCCAGCAGUUCACUGGAAUCAAUGCCAUCAUGUUCUAUGCACCCGUUCUGUUUCAGACAGUCGGAUUCGGAAGCGACGCUGCAUUGCUUUCAGCAGUUAUUACAGGACUUGUUAAUGUGUUCAGCACAUUGGUGUCUGUUUAUGCAGUUGAUAAGGCUGGCCGCAGAGUUUUGUUGCUCGAAGCUGCUGUUCAGAUGUUCAUUACACAGUCUAUUAUUGGGGUGAUAUUGGCGUUGGACUUGAAAGUAACUGGCUCUCUUUCACGAGUUGAGGCCUCGAUUGUGGUGGUACUUGUGUGCGUCUACGUGAUGGGCUUUGCAUGGUCAUGGGGGCCUUUAGGGUGGCUAAUUCCCAGUGAGAUUUUCCCUCUAGAGACAAGAACAGCUGGUUUCGCCUUCGCAGUUAGCACAAACAUGCUCUUCACAUUUAUCAUUGCUCAAGCUUUCUUGUCGAUGCUCUGUCAUAUGCAGGCCGGCAUCUUCUUCUUCUUCGCGGCAUGGAUUGUCAUUAUGGGAGUCUUCGCUUUCUUCUUGUUACCGGAGACUAAGGGCGUGCCUGUAGAUUCAAUGGUUGACAGAGUUUGGAAGAGGCACUGGUUCUGGAAGAGAUUCUAUGAUGAUUAUAUUGAUGAGAAGAACACCAAUAUGACGAUUCCUCCUCAUAUGACAUAGCAAUCUUACAGGAUUUAAAGGAAUAAUGUUGCUAUUUUUUCAUGCUUUUUCGUUUCAGCUUGUACUGGUCUUUCUUAAUAAUAAAUGCAAGUAUUUCUU